AUCGUCAUUAUCAUCAUUAUCAUGAUUUGACUGAUUUAUGACAGCCGUUUGUUCGGCUCCUGUACGAACUAAUUGCACGGUAAAUAAAAUAUCUUACUGCUCCACCGUUCUUCUCUGUUUCUAGCACAAGCAAACCGGAAACCUCUCUUUGAUCCCCUUCAAAAAGUGGUUAUAACGGCUUACGAGAAUGCCACAGUAGGUAAGUACAGUGUCAGUGUGCUCUGAUUAUAUUUAAAUUCAUUAUUAUAGUCUACAGUCAAAAUAUUGUUGGUGCUGUAAAGGUCAGGGCUGUCACCAAGGGCCGGGGGCUGGGGAUUUCCCCUGGCUACUAUGAGCAUGAUCACCGGCUAUUUUAUUAGGAAACAAAAGAAAAAUGAGAUCAAAAGAACUCAAUGGCUGUACACUUCCCCACCUACUAACCGCAUAAUACUUCCCGGCAACUUGAGAUCUAAGUGACAGCUCUGACUGUAUGUCAUAUCCGGAUAACAACUGAUUAUCUCACAAACUUAACUGACGAUGUUCUCAGGUUCUUCCAUUGCCGUCAUUCGUGCCAGCGAUCAAGAACGUGAUCCGAUUAAGUUUUCUCUGGAUGCGGUUGGUGGAGAGCUUCUAAACAUCGACAAUAACGGCAAUUUAACGCUUAAAGAAGCGCUUGAUCGAGAGGUUAGUGCCGUAGUAGACUGCUUGCGGUCCGCCUUUUCUCUUAAAUCAGUCUAGUUCUUAUCUCAUCCAGUGCGACUGCAAACCACGACGUUGUUAUUACAAUAACGGAUUGAGACGAGACGAGAAAAGACGUAGCCUGCGUAAACAUCCGUUUCUCCUCGCUCUUCGCCGCUGGGGACGUUUCGCGCGGAGGAACGUUUGCGACUCAGGGGCAGAAAUUUCAUACUGAUGACGCAAAUCAAUGUUUACAUAAUAAAUCCGGUGGUCAUGGGGUUCCAAAUAUAUUUUUGUCCAAUUUUACGUGUCCUCUAGUCGAUUUUGGUGAAGUGUUGUGCUCAUAUGCCAACGAGCUCCAGCAAAACUCAAAUGCUUCUUCUAGAGAACACUAUAUCCUACAAAUAUUGACUGUUUUGUUAGAGAUUCUUCUCGUUUACAUUUGACCUUUGCGGCCUUUUGUCUUUUGUCUGUCAUUCGUAAACAAUAGCUAAAACAAUGUAACUACUCCGUUGACCAAUCAGCGCUUCUGACCGGAUCCGGACAGAUUUUACAUCAUCAGUAUGGAAUUUUUGUCGCUGAGUCGCAGACGUUUCUCCGCGCGAGACGUCCCCAGUGGCAAAGAGCAAGGAGAAACAGAUGUUUUCUCAGGCUAGAAAAGACGGAGUGCUGACUCUUUUGUAGUAAACAAAACCUCCGUCAGCCCAGAAACGGAGUAACCGAUUGGUCCAUUGCACAGCUGUUGACAGAUCAUUGACUGGUCUGUGGUGAGAUUGCAAGCAGUACAAAUAGUCAUGCGUCAUAACCAACUGCAAACAAUAGCGAACCAAGCAGUAAUCUCAGUAACAAAACUUUUAAGGAUAUCUUACAGAAGGAAACUGCUUUAAAGUCCUCAAGGGAAAUGAAUUCAAGGCAGUCUUACCGGAUUUAAAGAAUGUGUGUGUUUUUUCUUUUUCUUUUUUUCUUUUUUUUUUCUUUUUUUUUUUCAGUUGUUUAUGCUCUAUUUAUAAAUCGUUUCAAGUUGCUCGGGUUUAAAAUUGGUUAAUUAAAUUAUCUUGACAGCUUCGUUGUCUCUAGACAGAACAAAAGAACCAGCAGUCUCUCAUUUUUUCUUCUCGGGCUUACGCCCUCAUUUCUCGCGGAUCGCGGCUUAAUUCGCCACUCACGUGCUUAGGAUUUGCGUGCAGUAACCUCGCAAAGAAAAAUAAGAGACUGCUAGUGUCUAGUGUCUCAGGAAUGUUGGUCCAAAUUGACGCCAAAGAAUUUUCCGGGAAUUUCCGGGAAUGAUUCUCUUGAAUGAUAGGAAAAUCCCGGGAUUUUCAAGAGAAAUUUCGCACGGAACUCGGCGCUUCUGGGAACAAGUCCCCGCACUAGCGUUAGGGCGGGCCUUGAACACCUGACUUGAAUUCGGGAUCUCCAGAUUGCUAUCGUACAAAUAAAAAGAAAUAAAAAGAAGUAGGAAACGUGUUGUAAAGCUCAAGGAGGCCAGCACGUGAAAGAGAAAUUUGGAAAAAAAAUCUGUUUUUCUAAGUUAUUAGAAUUGGAUGAUCUUAAAUAUACCAGCUAGAGUAAUUUCUUUUUCAGACCAUGUCAAAAAGUGGGGAGGAUGAGAACAAGGGAUUUAAAAAAAGAAAUGCAAUAGGCUUUUUCACCGAUACGGCGGCCAUAUUGAAUUACUUGGAUUUAAGGAGUAUUAUGGGAUGCCCAGAGGGCAUUAGCGCGAUCCGAUAUACUCGCAUCAGUAUUUACGCGCUCUUUUCGGGCCAAUUUUUCUUUAAGAUUUCCUAGAAACAGAUUGCGAUGGAAUAAAAAGAUCGUUCUGCCGUGUUUGGAUGUAAUAAUGAUCGCCUUUUUCUCUUUUUGUCCGAAAAGCGCGCGUAAAGACUGAGCGAGUGCCCCCCUGGGCAUUCCUUAAUACUCCAUGAAUCUAAAAAAUUCAAUAUGACCGCCGUAUCGGUAAAAAGGUCUAUUGAAAAAUGAUAUUACCUAGUAUUUGACAACUGUAAAGUCCACCCUUGAAUGAAACACAUUUGGAUACGCGCACGCUUAUUCUAGCGAACCCUGUUAUUCCACUAAUUUCGUGACCGCCGAUUGUUUUUUACUUGCAGACGACGAACCAGCAUACAUUCACAGUGAUUGCUGCAGAUCAGUGUUCUGGCUGUAAUUUGAAGGAUCGAGGGGUAAUCCAAUUAUGUCUCUUAAUGUGUAUAAGCGUUCUCGAUAGGGAUAACCUCUGACGUUUCCUUUUAUGUAUCCUUAUAAUAAAUAUUUGAUUCAUAGACUUACCAAAAGUCUACCGUGAGGGCACCUAAGGCGCGAGGGACGGACAUAAAGCUAUAGAAAGCGAGCGACGCAGACCGCGAACGGCCGAGCUUUGAGAAAGUUUAAGGUAUGAUAUCAGAUAAUAGUAUUAAAUAUGAAAAACAUUUUUCUAUUUCUAGACAGAGAAGCAGUUUUACCUGCUCGUAUUGGACAUAAACGAUAAUACUCCUGUUUUUGUUAGCACUCCAUAUUUGGCCCGGGUUGCAGAGGUAAGCAUUAUUUUUCUCUAUUUUACCGUGCGUGUUAAUGCCAAAUGAGAACAAACACUGGACCCUUCUACACGGUUUGUACUAGUACCAGGCGAAAAUCUGUUACCACAGCUGAAAAGACGCCUUGAAAUCAUUGAAUAUGCCAGGACAUAGUUCCAAGAAACUGUGAAACUUUACGUUUUUACUAUGAACGGGCGAGUUUGUGGCAAGACAAUUUAAACGUGAAUAAAAAUUUCCCGAUUAAGUGUGUUAUGCUAUAUCUCCCCUUGAACUGUUGAACUUAAUUUGAGCUAUUGCAAAUGAAUGAUAGACAAAAGUCAAAGAAAAAAUGUACAUUACCAUAAAUCUACCAAGAAAAACUCAAUUCUUACGAAUACACUUGUUUAAUAUAUGUGGGUGAAUUAGUACGACACUGAAGCAUUCGAGUCUUGCUGGCGUUAUGUUCGCGGCAAAACUUUUGAGACAAUCGUUAAGGAGGAACAGAACGCGGAUUAAACCCAGAAAAUUUCGCCAAAAAAUUAAAUGAAUUUAAAUAAUAUCGAUGAAGUUUGAAACAGUGCAAAUCCACUUUUUAAGUGACGUUUUGGCUUUUUGUCAUCCAGAAAUUUUGCUACCAUGGCAACGUGACGUAACGACUUCUCUCUAUUAAUUCUGAAAAAAACUUACAGCAAACCUCUCCUUGACUGAAGGUGUGUCUGAUGGAGGCAGCUCAGCCAGUGACUUACCAAAAAUAAAAAAAACAAAAAUAGAAAAACCGGUAGCCAGUGAUAAAUGCAUAAGAAGGCUUCUAGACUUGCUGACUCUCAAAUUAGCUAGCUGGAUCUUAAACCCGCAGGAUCUAGAAACAGUUGAAUACUAGUUAUUUUUUUUCAAUGAUGUGUACAUUUUCUUAGAAUCAGACUGUCGGUCAUCUUGUGAUUCAAGUCAGUGCUCUUGAUAAAGAUCUUGGACAAAAUGCGCAAAUAUCUUACAUGUUCAGCACUCAAACAAAGGUAAAAGUUGCUGAGGUAUUAUGAAUUAUCUUGUCUAACGUAAUUUCAAUACUACGGGUGAUUUUAUUUUAUCUUACACAAAUCAAUAUUAUUUUUAUAUGUAAAUUUUUACAAUUAAAUUUUUAUUUUAUUUUUUAUUAUUCUUUUUAUUAUUUAUUUACACUCAGUAUAUAAGCUCCAUAAUUAAGUUACUUGCGGUUAUGUCAAAUUCAUUUGCUUCUUCUACAGUAAGAGUUACCAACUGGAUCCGGAUGUUUCAGCAAAAUGCAAUUUAAUUAUGAGCAAAAUUUUAAGCCUAAAAUCCGGAUAAAAUUGAAAACUAAUAAAAGCUUUCGACCUUAAAUGAAUUCCGGUUCACUGCUUCUUCUGCCGCCGGAGUAGUAAACAGGACUUCAGUUGGAGUUGAAAGCUUUUUUAUUAAUAGUUUUCAAUUUUAUCCGGAUUUUAGGCUUCAAAUUUUGCUUUAUAGAGUGGUCAGUGGAUGAAUCUACACAAGUCUGCUAUUACUUCUUUAGCUAACCUUCCUAUUUUGGUUUCUCUUUAAAGGGCUCAGUUAAUCCGUGGAAGGUUAGCACAUCUUUUCCUCUACUUCAGUUUUGGAUGCUUUUAUCUCUCUCUUCUCUUCUAUUCCCUGCUUAACUCUCUUGUGACCCAUUAUUAGAUCAUUCUGGUCACGGUAAACUCCACUCAUGUUUGCAAGUAAGGUCGCUGUUCAUCACUCAGCUUCUCCUGCUAGUUUUCCUCUAAGAACAUAGCCUGUAUGAGGAGCCGCGACCUUUCCACGUUUUUUCUCAAAGGGAGGGAGGCGACUAUUCUCAGGUUACCCGAUACAGUUGGAUAGUAUUUUGAGCGGUGCAUGACAUGACGAUGGCAGCGUCUUUAAAGUUUUCGGUUCACAGAAUUCUUCUCGUUGAUUAUUUUCUGCCAGCGGAUUAAAGCGAAGAAUUAUGGACAGUCCAUUUAGAAAAGUUAAGGUGGAGUGAGAGGCGAGGCGAAAACGAAAUAUGAAAAAAUAUUCGUGCAAGGGAAAAUCUUAUGAAAAAAUUCAAACACAUUCAGAGUAGCCAUUAAAAAUAUUCCUGCGUAAACCUAAAAAAAUUCCUGCUUGGGAAAUCUUAACGAAACAAACUUCAUGCGGCUCGAAAAUCGCUUUAACUUUUCUAAUGGUCCUCCCCUUAGCCAUCAAAAAGAACCGAUUUGACGUAAACAAGUAAAUAACUAAGUUAUAAUUAUACAGAAUUAGCCAGUUGCAAUAAAAUUAUUAACUACACGGACUUAAUCAGUUACAAGGCUACUACUCGACCAUUCGCAAUUCGCAGAUUUACAUUUUACGCAGCGUUUAUUUUGUCAAAUAGAAUUUAUGGGAGUAGAAAUGGAGCGUAAAUAAACCAAAUCCAUAGUGAUCAAUGUGCAAUUGCACUUAAACGUGUGUGUUUUAGGGCAAGCCAGACUCUGAAGACUCCAGGAUCAUACUCAACUGACUGACUCAACUUACAAUGGUUGAUCGAAUGUCCAGAAGAGACUUGAGACUUUUACUGGGCAUCCAUCUCUUACCAUUUGAAAAUAAUUUCACGUCCUCUUGUUCUGCAGACUGACACUUUUGAAAUAAGCAACCACGAUGGCAGAAUCACUCUCAAUGGUCCUCUUGAUUUUGAGAAUGAGCAGCGCUAUACUUUGUUUGUUACUGCAAAGGUAAGCCGACGAAUGCUAUAAAAUUUGACGUUCGUUCACCUGCAUGAGGGAGAUUUAAGUGAUUAGUUGAUGUCCGAAUCAAUUUUUAUACUGAAAACGAAUUAGACGUCUCAUAAUAAAAAUUUGUAGUCUUAAAUCCGAUGUUCAGAUCAGACAAAUGUUGGGUCGAAAUUCAACCUCAGCUAAAACCGUCUGCCAGUACAGUACGUCUUUACAUAUGUUGACAGAAAGGAUUAUUCAUGUCUAAAUAAUACCUAGAACCGUCAGUGAAAUUUGCAGACAACAGGCAGCUCUUCCUAAUUUGUCGCGCAGUAUACCUGGGCAAAUUAUUUGUCUCUUCAAUGGACACUGAUUCGUCUAUGCAGAUAUCCCUUUGCUUAGUAUAACAACUUGGUGCCUCAAUGCCUGAUGGAUAGAUAGAUUGUUUGAUUGUUUGAUUGUUUGAUUGAUUGACGAAUUGAUCCUGUUGUUGUCACUUAGGAUGGCGGGAGCCCCGCUCGGCAGUCGGAAACAACAGUCAUAGUCGAUGUUUCGGAUGUUAGCGACAAUCCACCCAAGUUUCUAAGAUCUAUUUACCUUGAAGAAAUCUAUGAAAACAAGGCCAAGGUAAUUUUGGCACAGUGUAUAAGAUAGCCCAGUGACUGUUAGAUCCUGCCUGGCAUUCCAUCUCUGUUGUCAGCAGCGCACAAUUUAAAGUCCACCUAAGAUCAACUAGCAUCUUUUUGCUGGAGGAAUAGUUAUGUCGAACAUAGUUAUAUUUAAUCUCUUCUUUGGACAGCGGGUUUUGUUAGUUUAAGCGUUGAAGCCGGCUGCGACACGCGUACGUGACUUGGUGUACUUUGGACAAGUGAAACUAGCUGUGUUUCUAUAUUUUCCAGGGAUCCAUGGUUAUGGAAGUGGAGGCGGUCGACGGAGAUGCUGGUGUUGGCAACGAGGUCUUUUACGAAAUAAUUAGUGGUAAGUUAAAUCACAACAACUUAGAAAUAAGAAGGAUCCGUGAGCUGCAAUAAUCUGGUGCGAUGUGGUUCAACGCAUUUUUUUCUCUCCAUCCUUUAAUCUGUUAGAUUCUUAAAUCUUCAAGACAAGUAGUUGAUGAUCCAGCUCCAGAAUAUUCAAGGAAAUUGAAACACCGUUAGGUCAAGUCAAAGAAAUACUGCAAGUAACGGAUUUUAAAGUAUCAAAUCAUCUAGCAAAAUAAGUACUCUUCAAGAUUCUUACUAAAGGGUAUGACUCUAAUUCGUUUUUUUUUUUUUCCUUUCACUCUCAGGUAACGAUGAAGGAUUGUUUGCCAUCGACCGAAGCACAGGUAACAUCACUGUAAAUGGCACAGUGGAUGCUGAGAGGACUGAUUUCUUUAGGAUCACUGUUCGAGUAAGUUUUGUCUCAGUUCGCUGUAUGAUUCCGGCCAGCCUCAGCAAGGUCAGUGUCGUUACAGACGUCUAAUUUCGCAGAGAGCUUUCAAGGCACCUACUAACUAACUCGAAACUAACACUGGAACGGGUGCCCAUUGUAAACGUUUCUUCUAACAAAGUAUUAAAGUGUUGGUCUAUAUAAGUUUCAAUUAUAAUAACGAACUGCAGGCAAAUAGCCUUUGAUAAUAUCUGAAAGGGUAAACGGGUGUUGAGAUUUGCUUUAUUUUGGAAUGGGAAAACAAGACUUGAUUAAACCUCAUCCACCAUAUGAACGGGAUUUGAUACAAACAUUAAACAAGGCAGCGGGAGCAGAUCUGGAAAGAUUGUUCGAGUAAUCGGAAUUUGUUCUUCCCACUUUUCUAGAUGCUGUCUUAAAAUUUGUGUUUUAAACACCCUUGAGUUUAAAAUAAGUGUAGAGGAGAUCCUCGCAGUUAAAUUUGUAAGAAAAGCAGUUGCGGAAAGAAAGCCUGAAAAAUAACAAUCAGGUUUGCCGCCAUUCAAACCCUGACUUUGCGAUACCGGUGCAGCUGAUCCCUAACCUAUUAACCCUGCAAGCCAACCGGGGGUUUGUCAUCAAAUUGUUUCGUAAUAUACCAUGGGAAGAACAGGAUGUAAUUCAUACCAAUAAUUAUUAUUUCACCCUAAAGGGAGUGCUUUGUGCUCACCUUGGCAGGAAAAAGGAGUCUUUGAGACACGGGCUCUCCCCAGGUCUGCCAUACUGAUGACCCCCAUGGCUAAGGGCGAAACAGCUGUCCAUGGCUGCCACUGCCAGGGUGAUAGGCUCUGCACAUGCGUGAAGUACUGGCCAGGCCGUUAGUUGGUGAAUGUGUGCCCUUGCUUUAAGUUUGUCUUUCACCCUUAAGUUCUUUUUUGUUUAUCAAACAGGCAUCGGAGGUAGUUGAUCCAUCAUCGAAUUCUACCGCUGUUGUGUUGAUAACCGUUCUGGACAAGAACGACAACCAACCCGAGUUUUUAAAGGACAGCUACCACUUCACAAUCAGAGAAGACCUCGCUUUACCUGGUUACAUGGUAACAGAUCAAUUAAAUGUGCAAGAUAAGGAUAUCAACGUAAGUAUAAAAUAGAAAGAGAAACCAAUACUAAUUCAUGAGAGAUUUCGGAUGAUUACCUUGUAAGGUGCAUCAUUCUUGUUCGAUCACAGAAUAUGGUGGCCAUGAAUAUUUAGCUUCUGCGGACAAACAGAUCAGAUCUAGGUGACUAGAAUGGACUCGCUAAGUAAUCACUCAAAUUAUAUUAUAGAACGUUUUCACUCUCGUGGCCUAAAUCUAUGUAAACGAAUUGAAACAAAAGAAAGAGUUUACAUAAGGAAAGAAUUCAACUCCCAAAGGAUUGGUUUGAAACACCUACAUGGCCGCCGUAUCAUUGCUUUAGGGCAUCAAUAAUGUGAACGUGACUUCAUGCGAAAACGCUCUAUAGUAAUUAAAGAUUGCAGAGUGAUUAAUUGAUUGAUUAAUUAAUUAAUAAUUAGUCAAUUAAUGUUAUUUAACCUCGACACUGUGUAUAGCAAAGAUGCUAGUGGGGCCGAGCAAAUUCCUGAAACAAGUAAAUUAAAUCAAACAUAAACGGGUUAAGAGUCCUAGCUGGCCGUACCAGAGGCGAACGAGUUGGCUAUUUGCAAGCGUGAUCGGGGAUUUGAUCUCGGGACUACCGAGAACAAACCCAGCUAGCGGACAUUAUUUGCUUCUUCAAAAUCUGGGAUGGAGAUGCUUGCUAUGUGUCUCAAGCGUUGCCGUUUAAUCGACACCGAUUGUCAUUUCACUCCAAUCCCUAGGAGUGUUUUCCGCGCUAUUUCAAACGUAGGGUUAUCCAAUUAAUGCUUGUGGUCUUUGAUGUGCAUUUUUUUUUUAAUUUUACAGUAAAUUAUAAAGCUGUGAACAAAGAGGUUUGAUAACGUUGGUGUAGCUUCGCUAAUUGUUAAGUUUUUGAUACAAUUUGGUAAGAACGUACUGAUUGAACCAGCGUGCUCACGUAAAACAUUUUUUCCUUGUCUUUUUGGCCACAUUGGUGAUAACUUGAUUAUAAGCAUUUCGUUUCAAACCUAGCGAGCGCUACUUUGAUUAUUCGAUUUUAAAAUCCUAGGCUAUGUUAUGGUUAUUUUUUCUUGACAGCCUCAAAACCGUCGCUUCUCAUAUUCGUUGUCUGGCAAAGACAGUACCUACUUCGAAAUCGAUUCAUCGUCUGGACUUCUAAAAAUUAAUGCCACCUUAGAUUAUGAACAGGGAAAAUUCAAAUAUUCGUUCGAGGUAAGUACAUGUACGAAGACGCGUUUAGAAGUCUGAAAUAUUCAAGAAGCUUUUGAGUUUAAAAUUGCAGUUUCAACCUACCUAUUUGGAAAUACUUUUGUGUUUUUUAAUUAAUUAUUUUCAUUUUAAUUAAUUAUUUAUGUAUUAUCUAAUUACUUAUUAAUUAAUUAUUUUCAUCUCAUUAUUCUCAUUCAUUUAAUUAAUUAUUUUCAUUUUAAUACAGCCAGGACAAAAAAAUUAGGCAAAUGUUUUGCUACCGGUCUAACCAAGUUUUAUUUGGCAGAAGGGGAAGCAGUGAGAGUAGCGGACUCUCUUUCUCUUGUUGAAUUCACUUUAGGGUUAUACAAGCUACACAGCAGCUCUUUCCCUCCACAGAACCUUAAAAGCAGUAACUUACAUUUUCAUCAUGAAACGAGCGUUCGGCCUUCAUAGUGGUGGGGACCACCCCUCAACUCCCUUACCUUCUACAAUGCAUAGUUAGGCUCAUAGUCUAUGUUUUUUUGGUCACAGAAAUUCGUUAUAAUGAGUAAGUUUAUGUGUCUUGAUAACGUCAUAAAUUCAAAGGACUCUGAGGGCCAUCUUAGGUUUCCAUCCUGGUUUUGUUAGUAACUUCCUUGGGUAAUUCGGCGUGGAUACCGUAAGAUCUUCUUGAUUCCAUUAUUCUUUUUAGGUAUUUGCGAACGAGACAGAAACCUCCGAGGUGUUGUGGGGUGUCGCCUAUGUCUCAGUUGAACUAAUCAAUGUUAACGAUAAUGAGCCUGCAUUUAAUCAGACUUCCUACAACUUCACUUAUGAUGAAGAGAUCCCGGUCAACUUUUCCAUUGGAACCGUGACGGUAGGUUUUCUUCAACUGUUAACUGAAUAUAGGCUCUCUUAUGUUGAUUGAGGUUGACUGUGUCCAUUUUAUACGUAUCAUUUAUCGAGCAGCUUGAGUAUUCCUGUAUCUAUAGUGCUAAGAACUCAGAUGAGCACUUCCAAAUACUGUUUUUCAGCUUAAUUUCUCCCGGUGUUGAUGGUCACUUGUGAUCUGUCAAAAAUUGGCCCUGCAUUAAAGUUGGCGCAUUGAUGGUCUUUUCUUCCCAGUAGCAACGCCUUCACAAUUUGAUAAGACCGAACCGAUGAAACCAUGCCUGGAUGACUUAAAAAUUUGGGGGAACACAGUCUUAUUUGGAGAGAGGAACCGAUGACAUUUUGAGUAGAAAAAAGUCGUGAAUAAAGAGAAAAAUGAAAGCUUCUUCCUGUAUAGAACAUGUUUCUGUUAUUCCUCAUUAAUCUAGUAGUUCUAUCGUUAAUGUUUCAGGCUACAGAUGCUGAUCUCGGUUUGUAUGGAGCGAUAAUCUAUGAACUGUCUGGAAAUGACGCUUCAAGGUAAAAAUCCAUUACCAGCAGCAAUGAUGAACAAAAGAAAAUUAAGCAUUAAAGGUCGCUUGCUUGAUAGUACAUGGCUUUAUUUUGUAACAGUUAAAAAGUUAACUACUCUCUAAUUCUUUUUAUUAGUUUUACAGUAGACGUAGAUGGUACCAUCAAAACAUCGAAGGUAUUGGACUACGAAAACAACAACAUGCUCGAGUUCUUCAUGCUGGCCAAUGACGGCGGAAGAUUUUUUGACGCAAGCAAAAAUUACGUCACUAACAUACGAGUGUUACUCAGAGACGUUAACGAUAACAACCCAGUGUUCUUGAACGCUCCGUACACUGUUGGUAUCAUGGAAAACCAGACAAACAUUGUGGUGUAUCAGGUUAAUAAAACACAUUCGUUACAGUAAAUGGCCUCAGAGUAACCUUGUGGACAAUAUCACAAAGUACGAAGUUUCCUCCCACCAUACAAACGUCUGUAAAAUUCCGCGACUUUUCGGUGCUGGAUCUUCGUUAGAAUAAAAUUCACAAUAGGCAUCUUUACUGGUUUUAAGGCGUUCUUUCCAUCCGUCGGAUAAUCACAUACUGGUCUUACUCAAAGUUGAAAAAACUGUGGAUGUAUCUACUGUUUCCAUAAGUAAUGUUCAGUGAUGGUGAACAGUGAUAUGGUAAAAAAAUUCUGUCAGUUCAGCCCAGCUUUCUUUUUAUCUGGCUAUGUCCUCACAGCAAUUUUUUCUUUAACCUACCGAAUACAGAGAAUUAAUGGUACAUUAAUGGUACAUAAAAUUCCAGCUAAAUUCAGUGUUCUCUUUUCCUCUGUUGCCAGGUGUCAGCAUCAGAUUUGGAUAGUGGAGACAACGGAAGGGUAAUAACUUAUAAACGACCCAAUUCCCUACCCGCAUGUACUCUAACUUUUUUAUAUAACUCCGCUCGCCCAUGUUAACUCGCGCUAUUUGUCACAGCGAAUCAAUUAAACUACUCACUCCUUGCAAUGGAAUUAUUUCGAUAUGUUAACUCACGCUAUUUGUCACAGCGAAUCAAUUAAACUACUCACUCCUUGCAAUGGAGCUAUUUCGAUGAGGUCUUUUCUUUUGAGUCAACGGUCGCGACGAAAUGCGUUAGUUCGUGUUAAGGUGUUCAUGGCCUAAAGCGAGGUUUUUUCCACCCCUUUCUAUACUACUAAUGAUAAUCUUCUCCUUUUUUGGCAUUUUCAGGUGUCCUUUAACAUAACAAGUGGAAAUAUUGGAAAUACGUUUGCAGUUAAUGCCAGCGGAUUUGUCACAACGUUAAAGAUCCUGGACCGAGAAACCGUCCCAUCUUAUUCAUUAACAGUAAGAUCGUUUAUGCAUUGCCAAUUUUAAACCACGAUCCAACAAUUCGCCUCUUGCCCACAAGUUCCCAAAAUGCACAUUUUUUGUCUCUAAAAAUUUUGCAUGAGCAUAAUGUCUUCAUUUCUCUUGGGAUGACAGUAACACCAAGGACAAAUUUAAAAAAAAUGCUAUAGAAUUUUUUUGGGGGGGAGGGGUGAGGAAAAAUAGUCUUACGGCAGAUGUGCAAAUGGCGGAUGCACAGCAAGAAUUUACCACUUCAUGUAUUUUCAAUUCCCUGGCUAAGCCUCUGUAAAGAGCCAUUCUUCUUAUCUUUGUUACACUCUAAUCUUUCUUUGUCCCCAUAACGUUUUGCUGGUUAUGUUUGUUGUUUUAUUUAUUUGUGAGCAAAAGUUAAUGACUGUUUUGGUGACUACAGAUAAUGGCAUUUGACCAUGGAAUCCCUAGUCGAAACACAACCACAAUUUUGACAGUAACCGUAUUUGAUAAGAAUGACAACCCACCCGUCAUCAAAGGUGGUGCUUAUAUCACCACAAAUAUAAGUGAGGUAAGUUUAUGAUAUGAUGACAAUAUGAAUAUUAUGCUUUUUAUGACGCGGUGAUGCUGGUGCAGAUAUAACAGUGAUGGUCGUACGGGGUAUUUUUGGGAUGAGUCUUCCUUGACGGCGCCAUUGGCCUGCAUGACAAUUGUGGUUACAAUAAAUAAUUCUUUUUAAAGUUCAUUGUUAAUCGUGCUAACACAGCAGUGACUAGCAUACUCUUUUUUUUUCGCUUCUUACCAGUGUGAAAAAAAAAUUAAGUUUAACUUUGAAGCAGCAGUAAGCGAAACAAGUAAUAGGAAAGGUCGAAUAAAUUCCAAUGUUGUGCUCAUGUUAAGUUCGCGUUAGCACCAUUCUCGAAAAGAAGGACCUUGAGUGGCAUUCAAUUGGUUGAUGGCAUGGACAUUUGUUUUUUAACCCUAACAACUCAUCAAAAGCUAUUGCGACAGUACAGCCAUUCUUAGCCGCCUGCUGGAGGCGUUCACAUUGUAUAGAGUGGGCAGAAACAAGAACGACCGAAAGGGGGGAUUAGGGAAAGCGACAAUCCCCCCUCCCCUCUCUUGCUUUACCCAUGUACCGUGAUUAACAGUACUUGAUAUUGUUUUCAGGCUGAUGGAGGUGGAACAGUUGUUUACAGACUGCAAGUUUCAGAUAAGGAUGAAGGCAGUAACAAGAUUCUGACUUAUGCUAUGAUUUCGGGGCAUAAUGGGCAGUUCAUCUUGAAUAGCAACACAGGAGUUCUACAAAUCUCGCCUACAGGACUGGAUAGGGAGCUUCAUUCAAGCUAUAAUAUUACCAUAAAUGUCACAGACGGUGGACAACCAACACUUUGGGUGAGUAUAAAUUUGAAACGUCGCUUGCACUUUUAAUAUUAAUGUCGUCCUAUACGGUUUACAUUGAGGGAGCUGUGUGAUGACGAGAGGUUACAAGACUCUGCUUGCUUUUAUCUUUAUGAUGACUGUCUUCUUCAAUUUACACAUCAAACUAACUUAACUAAGUAAAGCAAAUACUUGAUAAUGCAAUACCCAUGCUAUUUCUAAUAUAUAUGAAGGGAUAUUCCCGAACCACACUAACCUUUCCUGGGAUCGUUGCUUCCGAUCGUACAGUCAGUUGCCGCAACAUGAGUGAGCUAUGAUACACAAAAUAUUGUAAAGGUUUCUCUUUUUCAGUCUUUCUUCCUUCGUUCUUCCUUUUUUUGCCAUUAAUAAGUAAUGGCUGAUCAUUGCAACCCUAGAACACUGGGCAGUUGAUUCAAUAUUACCCAUAUUUUUCACAGGAUUCCACAGUACUACAUGUCACCAUACUGGACAUAAAUGACAAUUCUCCUGAAUUUGAACCUAGCCCUUUCGAGUCGCUUUCAACUUACAUCAAGUCUAUUGACGAGGGUCCAGACAGUGUAGAUUCCGUGGUUAUCGAUAUUAAUGCAACCGAUAAGGACUUUGGCUUAAACGCCGAGAUCAGGUACUCGAUGACAGGGGAUAACCAUGGAUACUUCCAGGUGGAUUCUAUCACGGUUGGUUUUGUUCAGUUUUCAUACUUAGUUAUUAGAUACUCUAGUUAGAACCCAGCUGGUCUAUAUAACCUGCCUCGCAGACGAAAUUUGACCACGGUUAGAAAUGUCUGCGAAGUUAAGCAGCGCCGAUGUUUGUUCUGAUCCCCAAAGGACUUAAUGAAUCGCCGGAAACAAUUUUCGAAUUUCUCUUCAACAUGAUUGGCAAUUCGACAAAGGAUUUUUUAACAGGCCAAUCACGGCACAUACUCAAAUCCUGGUUCACAGGUAGGGACCCAGAGCAAGGAUUUCGGCUCUGUUUCAGGAAAAUUGGCCUUGUAUUUUAAUAGAAGUAGUAAAUCUUUAUAUGUCAUAUAAUAGUGAUACAUCAUAUGAGUGCAAAACUGUUCUUCAGAAUUGUGUAUCAUAUUUUGACUACACCUUGUUCGAAUUGUUAUUUCCAUUGCUUCAGGGCGUACUAAGUGUAAAGAAAGUUUUGGACAGAGAAAACUCGGAGAUGACUUUAGAUGCAGGAGGAAGGGGAGUGUUUUCUUUAGACAUCACGGCCACUGACCAGGCUUUACCUAAUAAUACACGAAAAUCAUCAACCGUACGGGUAAGAUAAAUGGCAGUACUGUAAAAACUAUUGACUUGAAUCUACAUAUUAAUAUUAAUGGUGAUGCCUCAAAGAAUUUACAAAGGAAAAUCACGAGUUGGUGACUCAUGAGGGGAUCGUGAAAAAAGCAACGUUAAUCAGUUAUAAUCAGCAGAAAAACAUUUAAUAAUAUUUUUUUCAGAAUUUUAUAAAUUUUACUGAUAAUUCGUUCUAUUUUUUUAAAUGAAUGUUUAUUUUCUUUAUUUUUUCAGGUCACAGUCACAGUUAACGACAUCAAUGACAACACUCCUCAGUUUGUUGAUCCGCCCCAAUACACUCAAAUUAGUGAGGCCGCUCGACCUGGAAGUAACGUGAUCCAGGUUUCGGCAUCGGAUAAGGAUCUGAGUUUUGCCGGCAAAGUUGUGUACAAUAUCACGGACGGAAACUCAGAUGGUAAGGGCCUUCUAUCGUAAACAUUCUUGCCUAGUGGCCAUCUUAACUAGUUUAAAACACAGGUCACGUAAACUUCAUUCUUUGACAGUUACUCAACAUGCACUUUUUCAACAAUAAAAGUUACCUAUUAGUUCCGGUAUCCUUGUCACUUUUUUUUUGGAAUGAGUUACAAUAAGUACUUCCAUUGUUGUUAUUAUUGUUCUCCCUGCUUUCAAAACUGUUACUAUCGAAAAUGUAUGGCGUAUGAAACGUCAAGCUGGAAUCCCUGAUUAGGAUGCUUAUUACUGCUGUUCGUCAGCUUUAUGUAUUUAAUAACGGUACGUGAAUUUUCUGUUAAAUUUAAGAAGCCUUAAUAUAAGAAAAAAAACUACAAAAACCAUAACUCUAACAUUUUUUUAAUAAACAUAAUUUCUUACAUCUGACAUAAAGGGGGACUACAAGUUUGGCGUUUGUGUCGGAGAAAAUGGGCUGUUGGGAAGAACUUACUAAUUGGCCUUUCACAGCUUUAAUUCAUCUAGCCGAUUAUUUUUAUUUCCGUUGUAAAGGACACUGUCAAUAUACAGUGAAAGACUUUUCUUCAGCCCCGUUAUUCUAUCAUUCUACAGGAGAUUUUGAAAUAUCCCCAAGUGGAUAUAUCCUAGUGAAGAAAGCACUCGAUGCGGAAGUGAAAUCUGUGUUUAACCUGACAGUUGAGGCAAAAGAUGAAGGACAACCAAGGAGGUUUAAUACUGUAAGUUUUUGACCCAGCCGUUAACCUGUUCUACUAGCAACUUGCAAAGACUAGCACUAUUGCAGCUACUGCAACUUGUAGUUCUUUCAUCGAUCUGUAGAGAAAUAUACUAACAACGCACAGCGCUAGAAUGCAUAAUUGCUUGUAACUGCUGUGUCAGGCGCUAGGCAAGCAUAUCCAGCUUUCCUUAUAAGUGAGCUUAUAAGGCCCACUGGCAACUGCAUGCUUCUAACCAAAGGCAUUUACCUGCAUUAGCUUAAUAUACAUAUAUUCUUUUUUUCAUUCAGACUGUUGUUACCAUCGUGAUCGAUGACGUUAAUGACAAUGACCCAGUUUUCAACACGUCAACUUACGUUGCCAAGGUGAUGGAAAAUUCCAACACGAGCACGAGUGUUACAACAGUUUACGCAACAGAUCAGGACCAAGGAGAAAAUGGUUACGUGACUUACAAGAUCACCAGUGGAAAUACAGGAGACGUUUUUCAAGUUGACAAUCAGACUGGAGUGGUUUCUGUUAAGGGUUCAAUUGACAGGGAAAGAAUUAGCGAAUAUUCGCUCACUAUUCAGGCGGAAGAUGGUGGUCCCUCUAGCAGAAAGGUGAGGUUUGACAUCCUCUUGGAGAAUCUCUAGUUUACAAACCCAUCAUCGUCUUUGCCUUCACCAUCCAGUUUAUCAUUGUCUUUCAUUCCUUUGUCCAGUAAUUCAGUUUUUAGUACUUCUUGAUGUAAUAUCAAAACAAUUUUCCUUUUUAUCAUUUCAAUCCAAUCGUUAUUUCACACAAUACCAUAACAUACCUUUAGCUAAGAGAAUUGGAUCUAAAAUCACUCUUUUCGUGAUUGACGUUUUCGAUAUGUCAUAAUAUUCUAAAUUGUUAAUGUUAAAUACGCCAUUAUAUCAUUUGUUAUCUCAGGCGUUUGCAGACCUGGUAAUCAAAGUUCUUGAUGAAAAUGACAAUCCUCCACUGUUCCAAGAACGUUCGUAUGAAGCAGAGAUUGCAGAAAACUCAAUAGCAGGAACGACUGUUCUACCCGUAAGUAACACAUUACGAAGGAAUCUUCCGAUUUCAAAGUCAAGUUUUUUCACCAGUAAGUCAAGUUUGGACAGAACCUGCUGUCUACAAUUGUUUAAGAGCUUUUUACUGGAGCUUGCACACCUUUACGAAAAUCACAGUGCGCGGAUUUUUAAAAGAACGAACUUAACAUCGUAACCCUAUCCUGACAGAUCACAGUCUGGUCCUUUUGAAACAAACUGACGGCUAUCUCGCUCUGACUUAGUAUCAAAAACUCGAGAAUGUUUAUGAAGUAAAUAUAAUAAAUCUAAAGAUAAUGUUUCUACUUGCUUUCCCUUUAAUGUGGUAAUGCAACAUGAUGCAUGCAACAUGUAUCAAUGCAACAUGCAACUCAAAUUUGCUAAUCUGUUUUUUUGGCAAAAAUGACCAAGUAUUGAAGUACUGGAGGCUAAGAGCGAGGCUGAGAAGAGCCUCUGUGAAAUGAUUAAUAAAAUUAAACUAACAUGCAAUUAUAACGUUUUUAUAUAAUCUAAAGCCCCGCCACUGGACCUAUACAUCUCCGCUCGCUUGUUGAACAGCUGAUGCAAUUUAAUUUGUUGUUACGUUUUGCAGAAGGUACCUGUGAGUGCUACGGACGCAGAUCAAGGAAUGAAUGCUAAGAUAACAUUUUCACUAGAAGGUAAGCUUGGAUCAUUGAUUUCUUCACUUUUCAGGUUAUUGAAACCAAGUAGUAAAGGUCACCAAAGUCUCCACGUUUAAAUAUAUUUUGGAAUUGCUAUUUCACCAAAGAUGACGAGACUUGAUUUUUAAACAAAUUAUCCCUAUAUGUGUCAUAAGAAAUUAAUUGAAAACGGUGUGGAGAGUACGUGUGUUGAUAUUAGCUAUAAAGAGUUACUUUCCUGGUCUUUCAUUGAGGCAACCAUUUAUGGCUCUUUUUAAUGCGAGUACUCUCAGUCCAACUAAACGCUAUUGACUACCUGUCGAUUUUACGAGGUAACGUUCGUCGAUCGCGCGCCUUCUUUUCAAUGUGUUCACACAGUAAUUUUCAAGGAGUUAUAGUAACUCCUUUAAUGGUGCUAAUUUAACUCCUUACAGUGGAGUUAUUUUUUGGGAGUUACUUUAACUCCAAAAAGGAGUUUAAAGAACUCUUUCUCAGGAGUAAAAGAGACCCCAGAUGUUGAGGGGUCAAAAUAACCCCAAAAGAGGAGUUAUCUUGUACCUAAAAUUUUUACUCCACUUUUAGAGUUAAAUUAGCUCCAAAAAGAGUAAAAACAACCCAUGUAAGGAGUGAAAAUAACCCCAUUUUGGAGUUAUUUUAACUCCAGACUGAGAGGCUUCAGGAUUAAAAAUGACCCCAAAUUCGGAGUUAAAUUAGGAGUUAAAGUAACCCCAAAAAAGGGGUUAUCCUGUACCUAAAAUGUUUACUCCAAUUUUUGGAGUUAUAAUAACUCCCUAAAAAUUACGGUGCUCUACAGUAAAACUCCGCGACUAAGAACCUGGAUUCUUAGUCGUGGGGUUUCACCGCUGGAUACAACCUGGCAGUGGCUUAUUCUAUUUCCUUUUGCACAGGUCCUGGAUCAGAUCUUUUCGAAAUCAACUCAACAACGGCAGUUAUAACCUCAAGCUAUAACAACUCUCUUGACCGAGAGAGAAACGGCACUUAUUACUUAACAAUAAGGGCUAAAGACGGAGGCAACAAAACAUCUACUCUCCCACUGGUAGUCAAGAUAACAGAUGUCAACGAUGAGCUCCCCCGGUUCAGUCAGCAAGUGUAUUACGCAAAUGUAUCCGAGGACGCUGUUCGUGGCACCACGGUCCGGAGGGUAACAGCCACGGACCUGGACUCGUUGGUUUUAAAUAAGGAGAUCACUUACACCUCUACUGGAGCGGAUGCUAAGUUUUAUAUCAACAGAGCCACAGGUUAGUCAAUAGAAUUUAGUUCUAUUGUAUAUUAACGUUAGGUGUGAUAGAACAAAAAAGAGUGUUAUCAAGUGUGUUUGACAAAAAAAACGUAACCUAGUGCCUUUAAACCUUCAGCCCCACCCUCCGUUCUUCCCUUUUGCCCAGAAAUGCAUGCGAAGGCGAAAACGGCAAAUCUGGCAAAAAUCGUAAGAGGAUUGGCAAAAAUUAUGAGAUGCUGCGUGCAGUUCUGAACAUAUAUCUCAAACUUAUUGCAUGAUCCUUUAAAUAAUACUUUUCGGUAGCGCUCUUGCAUGGUACCAUUUGUUUUAAAGAAUGAACAUUACCAGGAUUUUUCUUGUAUUUGACGUUCACCAUUCUUGGUGCGGGAUCGAGUCAAUAAGAAGGAUCAGAAACUGUUUCAACUCUGAAGUGUUUGUAAACCUAUAAAAUACUCUUUCAAGUGUUUCCUAUAGCGAUAACUUCAAAACGCUCAAAACCCUAGUACCAAAAUAUACCCUAAUCAUCGGCACAACAUUUGAUGAUUUCUGUCUGUUUUCUCCCCUAUUAAUUUUAUUAUUUGAUAGGUCCGAUACAAAACAAGGGCAACUGUGUCCAACUGUGAAUUGCAUUGCGUUUUAUUUUUAGGUGAUAUAAUACUGGACUCUAACCUGGAUCGAGAAUUCAAAAGCUCCUAUAUACUUUUCGUAACAGCAGCUAACAUUGGAGAAAACGCCCCAGAGGGACGUUGUCAAAUCAAUAUAUCCGUCACUGACGUCAUCGAUGAGAAGCCUUACUUUGAAAGCGACGUGUUCACAUAUCAUGUGGCGGAAAAUGCGUCUAUAGGAACAACUGUCACUCAGGUCCAAGCACUAGAUAGAGAUAUCGGCGAUACCAUAACGUAUUCAAUUGAGGAAAGUGUUUCCAGUGGGUUUUUUCAUAUCAACCAAACCAAUGGUAUAAUAUCGACUGCUAAUUCCCUCGACAGAGAAAACAUGACUGAACACAUAAUAUACGUGACGGCUUCGGAUAGCGUCAACAUGACAUCGGAAAAAGUGAAAGUUAUUAUCAAGGUUGAUGAUGUUAAUGAUCACGCCCCAGUGUUUUCUAGUCCUGAUUAUGUUCAAGAUUACCGUGAAGAAUCCCCUAAAGACACAAGUAUUCUUAUAAUUAGUGCAAGCGACUCUGAUUCUGGCAUAAACGCCAACAUACGAUUCAGCAUUGUUGGUAAUGCGACCAACUACGUUAAAAUAAACCCCCUCAGUGGCCUUGUUUCUCAGGCUGAUAGCUUACUUGAUCGAGAGAUAUCGUCGUAUUUCAACUUCACGGUUCGUGCGGCUGACAUGGGAUCGCCAUCGAUGUCUUCCGAGAUUAACGUAUCUCUCGUCUUGGUUGAUAUCAACGAUAACAGCCCGCAGUUCAAUAAGUCUGAAUACCGUGCUUAUGUCAUGGAAAAUCAGCCAAUAGGAACGCCCAUUCUGGUUGUUACGGCAACGGAUGAUGAUAUAGGCUCCAAUGCCCGCCUCUCUUAUGGACUACAGGGAGGGAACUUCCGUUUCAAUAUCGACCAAGACACGGUAAGCUUUAAAACUAUGAAGCGUCUACAGAAAGCCUGCAGCAUAUUUCACUUCUCUUCAAGUUCUUCAAUUAAGGGUGUCAAGAGUAAAGUUUUGUCGAACUUUUUCAGUCUGGGUGAUGCCAUUCGCCUACUGAGGGACCUAUAUUAGUAGAAAUAAAAAAAAGGCUAUUAAUAUACAUAGCCUUAUUCGUGUUUUUCUGUGUUAAUUACGUGUGUUAUGUCUUCGCCCAUGAAUUUAUAUGAUAGUUUUAACCUUGUUUCGCUUUUAUCUUCGUUUGCUCACAGCUGUUUACUUGUUUUUUCUCAAGGGAAACAUAACCACUGCUGUCAUGUUAGACCGAGAGCAAGCUGGUGCCGAAACGUACACCAUGACAGUCUUGGCAGCUGAUGACGCAAUAAGAAGCCGGCAGGGAACAGCACAGGUUCGACUGGGUAUCCUACAUGCAAUUCUGGGUGUUUUGAAGUAUACAAAAAAUAAGAUAGUUGGUUUUAAUUAAAUGAAUGCCUAACUGCAGUAAUGAAUGAAUAUAAACUAACGAACUAACGAAGCAUAAUGAGGGGAAGAAUAAAGGAAGGAAUGAAGUGAUGAAUGGAUGAAUAGAUGGAUGGAUGGAUGUGGAUAGAUGAAUAGAUAAAUGAAUGAUUUACUGCUUGAUUAAUUAAUUCAAGAAGUCAUUCUUUAUAUCGAUUAAUCCCUUUGCAGGUUAUUGUUACUGUAUUGGAUGAUAACGACCAUUCACCAGUAUUUUCCCAGUCAAGUUACACCUUUCAUGUCUCUGAAGAUGUCAAUAUUGAUGAUCUCGUGGGAACGGUGUCCGCUUCAGAUAACGACGAAGGGAUAAACGAACUAAUAUCGUUUAUUAUUAAUGCAGACAAUUCAAGUGAGUGAUGUCAUUUUUCUAACUUGCAACCUUUCUUUGUGUCCGUACCUGAUCACUGACUCUUUUUUUUUUUAAUUCUUAGGUCUUCCCCUCGGAGUAAACGAAACAACAGGUGGUAUCAGAACAACGGGAAAGCUGGACCGAGAGACAAACACGAAUUUUACAUUCGUGAUUAUUGUAAGAAUAAAAGCUAACUUUUGUAUACAAGAGGCUUUAUCAAGGAAGAUAUCAAUCCUUCACCUUGGUGGGGAUCAUUUGAGGAAAAUCCGCCGUAAAAUUUAGCAAACUUGCCAAAUUUGAAAGUCAUCUGUCUUAAAGCGACCGAAGAAGUAACUCCCCAGAGUAGCGAAAUUUUAUAGACGUUUUGUACGUUGGAGAGCAAGUUGGUGUCUUUACCAUACAAUCAACGUCCGUAAAAUUUCCGUUAAAACGUCGUGGAGCUAUACCGUAAAAUUCCGAAAAUAAGCUCCUCCAAAUAUACUAGGCCCCCCAAACCGGUAACGCAAAAAACCCGCCGUUAAAUCGCCCCUCCAAAUAUAAGCCCCCCGGGGGCUUGUACUUGGAAAAUUGCCCUCAAAUACAAAGUAAAAGAAAGCCAAAACGGUAAAUUUACUUCCAACUAUAAGGCUAGCCCAAUCGAUUUUGAAACGCAAAUUUCCCUCCGUAGAUAAGCCCCUCCGAAUAUAAAGUCCCUCCAAAAAUAAGCCCCUCAAAAAGGGCCUUUGAAAAAUGUAAGCCGCGGGGCUUAUUUUCGGAAUUUUACGGUAUCUUCGAACUUUAUUGAUAAAUCACUCUCAAAUUUGGCUAUUUUAUUUACUAUUUUCUGGGCUAUUUUAUCAGCGGUGUCGACGGAUGUUCACUAGAGCAGGUCGAUGUCAAACGUUAAAAAACCGUAGAAGGAUCUAUUUGUAACAAAGAAACUAAUUAAGAACUCCUGACAGUAACUAAAGCAUUCCCCCAACUGUUUGAAUAGGGUUAAACUAAAGACUAAACAAAAGUAUAAAAAAUGUUAAUAAUCGCUGUAAAACGUUUUGCAGUCUUUUUUUCUGAUAUGUACUUCUUUCAUCGACCCGAAUUUUUUCAUUUUCAUAUCUUUCUAGGCACGUGAUCACGGAAGUCCUUCGUUGGAAAGCAAUUCAUCAGUACAAGUUAUCAUCGAUGAUGUCAACGAUAAUGCACCCACAUUUGAGAAAGUCAUUUACAAUGUUACAUUACCGGAAAGCACAUUCCCUAGAACCACGGUAUGAUACUCUUGUUAAAAAAAAUAUUUUAUGUAGCACCGAUCCCCUUUGUGAUUGCUGGCGUACAUUUAUGUUGUAUUUUGAACACUUAGUUAUAACAAAUUUCACUGAUUUGUUCUUGUGGAACGUAAAAGAACCCACAUCACUAUUCGAAAAGAGUAGGGGUCGUAGACCCCGGUGGUGUAGCCAACCUUUACGGGUUGUGGGAUUGGGUAGGGAUGGCACCUCGCAUGGGCCCUGAGUCCCGUUCGUGCAGAUUCCCUCUGGGCUGGCCUGUGCCCAGAAAAGCAGGUUAAUAAAUAACUAACUAUUAUUUCCACCAAUCACAGCUCCUGACCAAAUUCUGAACAGAAUUUGUGUCAUCAGUAUAGAAUUUCUGUAACUGAGGCGCAGACGUUCCUCCUAGGGAAACGUCCCUAUCGGCGAGGAGCCAGGAGAAAACGGCUGUAUUCGCAGGCUACAUAUUGUUGGUUUUGACAUGACGUCACUAAAAUUCAAACUAGAAAACAAUCCUCCUACCGAGAUUUUACUUUCACGAUGCAUUAGAGCAGCUGAAAACUAAUUUUCAUACAAAUUUUCGCUUCAAAAGGGUUCUAGAGUACGCUUGAAUUUCUAAGCUUUAGAGUGAAGUUGCAUUGACAGGACGGCCAAGAGAGCUGUUAUGUAGGUUAAAAAAAUGACUUAUUUCAGGAAAUUUUGCUCUCUUAGCAGUUCAUGUAUUAGAAAAAGUAUUACUUUAAUGUUCAUGAGUUUGUCGAAUAAUAAAUUAGCGCUUUUGUAGCAAAACUCGAUAACAGAUGUUUCUGUUGGUUUCCGUCCGCCAUGUUGUAGCUCAUCCAGGUGAGGACCAGCAUGGCGUCUCCAUACAAAUCACUAUAAGUUUGGGUAAAACAUUUCUUCGGAUAUCUCUUAUACGAAAUAUUCUUUGACCUGAAUGUAGGCGAGGGUCUUCGAAUAUGUACCCCCUUUCAUUUCCCAGAUUCUAGACUUUAUCUAUUGAGCGGUUUUGAUUUUUAUUUUGGUCUAUUUUGAAUGGCGUGACACUGAAAAACAGCAAUUGGAGGAAACUUAUUGGAUAUUACUUGUAAAAAAUUGUUUACUUGUUAAAUAUGUGCCAGGGUUAAUAUUUUUGAUAUCUAUUUCUAUAGAAUAUUCCGAAGGAGAGUGAGGCUUGUAAUAUUUUAUUGAUAAUUUAUUUUAUGACAAAAUUUGUUUUCUUUUUUCAGGUGCAAACCGUCUCGGCAAAAGAUCCCGAUGCAGCAGCGAAUGGUCAAUUUCGAUAUAGUAUUGAACAUGGAGAUUCCGAUGAUCAUUUCAGUAUAGAUGGUGAAUAAAUUUACUUAUUUAAAUCCUUUUGAAAAUUAAUACCAAUUAUUUUAAAAAUCAUGAGAAAAUUCGAAAUGACGUCUGAGAAACGACAGCAUAAAUUCCAAACUGAUGAAUUGUCACCACCAAGAUCUGAGAGGUGCCUCUGAUUGGUUUUAAGCAGAUUUCCCUAGCCGCACGACCAAUCAGAAUCACUUAAAUAGGUCACAGUGAAACAUAAUCAGUAUGGAAUUUCUACAAUCGUUUCGCAGACGUAAUUUGGCAGGGAAACCAGUGGUGGUGUCGCGAAAUGUCAGCUGUUUUCUUAGGUUAAGAAUGAGUCUAACUGCCUGACCUUUUUUCCUGCUCGGCUGGAGGGUUCUCCAUUAGUCAGAAUAAACCUGUGAAGUUGAUUUAGUGAUAUAAAUGGCUGGAUGCAUUAAAAUAUUUUUUCCUAAUCUAUUUUCAUAGUAAAUCAAACGGUAAAAAAAGUGUUAAAAUUGUCUGUUUUGUUCACGUCAGCAAAUUCGGGUGUCAUUACACUGAGGCAGAAGCUGGAUCAUGAAACGAAAGCCUUCUACAAUAUCACCAUCGCGGCACGUGACCUUGGUAGUCCAACACUCACUGGUUAUGCGUAUCUCCUGGUAACAGUCAGCGACGUAGAUGAUAACGCACCCGUCUUCCACAAAAACGAAUACUCCGCUAGUAUAUUUGAGAAUGCAACUGCAGGCGCGUUUGUUUCUCAAGUGAACGCGUCAGAUCUGGACGCAGCAGAGGAGCACAAGACAAUUUAUUAUAGAAUCGAAGGAGGAAAUGACGCGAGAUUGUUUGUCAUUGGAGAGUUAAAUGGCACAGUUUAUCUCAACUGGACAGGAGCUUCCCUAGAUCGUGAAAAGGUUGCAGUGUAUCCAUUGACAGUAGCGGCGAUUAGCCGAGUGAAUGGAACGGAGCAAAAGUCGACGGUUGUUGUAAGCAUUAGAAUUGUAAAAUUCUCUUCGCAAUUUUUAUAAUGUCAGGGCAACUAAGAUUGUACCUUCGUCACCAAAACUAGUACUCUUUGAUUUGCGUUGAAAAAUGUCAUAGAAAACUGAAGGAAAAUAAGCUAUAGCUGGCAGAAGUGCAGCAACAUAAUGCUACGUGACCUUAACUGUUUUUAAGAAAUUCUUCAAAACAAAUUGUGCAGAUAUUUCGCCUCAGGAUUGUGCCUCUCACGAACGCGCAAAGACCAUGAGUUGCUUGCAGAACAUAGUCCUGCAUCCAGGAAAGAGGUGUAUUGUCUCCCUAUGUCCGCGUGAAAACGAUCUGGUAGAGGGGGAAGAGUGAAUUUGGAAAAGUGUGCGUACUGAAGUUUCCCCAUUAUACUUCCCUAAUUAGGCUGCAUCAAAAGUAUAGUACAAAUAAGGAGAAAUAAAUGAAUGCCAUAAUCAGGAUUUUUUUUAGGAGGGGGUGCAUUAGUCUCUUGCUCUACUUCAACACCAAUAAACCACAUAGUUUUUUUUUUUUUGGCAGAAUACCAGUUGUAUUAGAAAACCGCAGGUCAUCUCAGGGGGGGGGGGGCACCCCCUGCACCCUCCCCUAGAUCCGCCCCUGAUAAUCAAGACUCUAUAUCACUUUGAUUUACUAUUUUUGCAGCUAACCGUUACGGUCCUGGACGUCAAUGAUUUCACCCCAGCAUUUGAGCCCCCGUUCUAUGUGAGAUCUGUGGUGGAGGACACCAGAGCUCUUGGCGAUGCAGAAGAUAAAGUAUUGUUAACAGUUUCUGCAAAAGACGAAGACCAAGGAGAUAACGCCAAGGUUAUCUAUACAAUUAUCAAAGGCAAUGAAGAAGGUAAGGUUGAUUUGGUUUUCUCUCUUGAACAUUAAAAUUCCUUGUCAUAAACUGUGAAUCAAGACUAAUUAUUGCUUUUUUUGCGUCGCAUUACUUCAGACGCAUUUAAAAGAAAAAGUGCCUCACGCGAAGCUAUUUUCGACAUCUGAAUAAUCAAGCAUACACGAAUGUCAUCUAAUGAAACUGAGAUCUCAACUCUUUUAACAACUUUGACACUUAACGGUUUCCAUUCUUGACAAUGAUAUCAGAUACGUCAAAACGUCGAAUAAAGUUACUCAGUUUAAUUUUUUAAUUUUUUUUUUUUUUUACAACACAGUAAUUUCCAAGGAGUUAUGAUAACUCCUCUAGUGGGGCUAAUUUAACUCCUUACAGUAGAGUUAUUUUUUGGGGAGUUAUUUUAACUCCAAAAAAGAGUUUAAAGAACUCUUUUUCAGGAGUAACGUAACGGUGACCCCAGAUAUUGAGGAGUUCAAAUAACCCGCAAAAAGGAGCUAUCCUAUCCUCCACUUUCAGAGUUAAAUUAACUCCAAAAAGAGUAAAAACAACCCAUGUUAGGAGGAAAAAUAACCCCAUUUCGGAGUUAUUUUAACUCCAGACUGGAAGUAGAAAGAACUGUCUCUUUUUCAGGAGUAAAAAUGACCCCAAAUUCGGAGUUAGAUUAGGAGUUAAAGUAACCCCCAAAAAGGGGUUAUCCUGUUCCUAAAAUUUUUACUCUAUUCUUGGAGUUAUAAUAACUCCCUAAAAAUUACGGUGAAGCAACCGAUUCAUCCGAUCGUCGACUUUAUUUUCUUCUAUUUUACCUUGUUAGGAAUGUUUACCCUAAGCAAUGCCACCGGAGAGUUAUCUAAAGCAAAACCGUUGGAUCGUGAGAUAAAAGACUUCUACAGUCUCUUAGUGUCUGCAUCUGACCAAGGACAAUCACCGUUGUCCAGUAAUACUACCAUCAAUAUCACCAUACUAGACGCAAAUGAUCAAACUCCAGAAAUUCACACACAAACAAUAUUUAUCAUACCUGAGGUACAACUUUAUCACUUUUUUAUUCAUCAUUUUAUUAAUUUUUCUUUUGCUUACUUCGUUUAACGUACACGGCGUUGGUCUCAGGGACAUUAGUCACUCAAACUGACAGAGCGAAAAAGUCCUGAAAAAUCCAUCGUAUUUUCAUUCAAUACAUACAGUCUUCUGUCUUCCAUUUCAGUGAACGACCUUCCUUUCCAUUCAUUCUUUUGUUCGUUCGUUCGUUCACUCAUUCAUUCAAUAAUCAUUCAUUAUGUCUGUCCCAAGACCAAUCUGACUAACUUAACCUAGAAAAUGACAAAGCUCGUAAAGAGGGACAAAAUUCCAUAUACAACAUUGCUAUAAAGCGAGUUCAGUUCAGUUUUUUUAAUUCACACUUAAUAAUAUUAUAUUUACAUUGAUUAGAAAGUAACAUUGAAAUAUAAUAGCAAAUAAAAGAGGAAAGAUAGUCUGGCUUUGAAAGAUGUGUAUGGUGGCAGAGGAGUAUAGCUUUCGAGCUGACUACCGCUAGAUUAAGGAAUCGAAACAGUACUUAUUUAAUAUGCGCUUGGUGCUAUAGCAGCGAGCUAUGGUUUGUCUGACAAAAAACAGGGUUGCGCAGCAGAUAUCUCACAUGCCAAUGAUGGAAACCAGCCAUAUUAAAGGCCGGAGUACCUAACACUAGAUGUCAAUAAUUUACCAUGACAUUUGACUUUUUUCACAGAAUGCGACAAUUGGAACUAGGAUCACAUCGAUCAAUGCCACCGAUAAAGACACUGGCACUAACGCCCAGAUAAAGUUUACCAUCAUUAGUGGGAAUGACGAUGGAAUGUUUGAACUCAAUGAAACCAGCGGUGACUUGCUAACAUUAAAGGAACUUGAUUACGAUCAAGCACCUAACUCAUACAAGGUGCGUAAAUAUCUCAAAUGACAAUGGUUUUCGCGAUCUUCAUACGGCGUUCAGAAGGCCGCUGAUAAUAUCCAUCCUUUUAAAACUUUUUGUUAUUUGUUGAUAAAAAGUAUGCCUUAACACACGUUAUGAAUGCUUAAUUCUCAUUUGUUUCAUCCCAUAGACAGCCAUGGCUGAACGGUGUAACUAGAAAGGGCUCGUUUUUACUGUGAUGGGAGAGAGCAAUUCUCUUGCAUUCUGUCAAGUCUUUUUUACUUUUGCAAAGAGUCUACCUCCAAAGCUGAAAAUGUCCCUAGGAACUCUAGAUGACUUUUUGAACUCUUUUUUUUUUAGCAGUUUAAUAACUAACCUUGAAAUGAUUACUCAAAAGAAACUAAAACAAAGAAUGAAAAGGAUUAUAUGAUAAUUUUACUGUUCUAGCGAGCAGGCACAAUUACGGGCGGCUUUAAUUUUUAUUUUGGUUAGUCUUACCAUCAAACAUUUAAUUCCCAGCUAAAAGAACAAGUGAACGCCAGUCUCUCUUAUUUGAAGUAUAAUUGCCUUAAUCAACAGCUCACAAUAAAAGCUCAAGACCUGGGAAGUCCAUCAUUGUCAAGCGAGAAAACAAUAACUGUUGCCUUGAAGAAUAUCAAUGACAACAGUCCAAUCUUCGUUGAGGUAUGUAUCUUCUACAUCAUUUACUAUAUCAAUUUAUUUAAAGCUGGAAGACCUAUGGCUUGCACGGCAUGCUCAAAAAAGGGGAGGGGAGGCGAGGCGAGGGGGACAAGAGGGCGAAAGGCAAACGGGAAAUGGUCCUUUUCCCUCUCUCCUCAGUCCCUCUCUCUUUUCCACCAUUCCCCUGCCCUUUCAAAGGCCUGUCACGCAGGUAAGAAGAUCUAGUAAUGGAGUUAGCGAACGCCGCUAAUAGGAAAUACCUUUAUAAUUAAUUCGUAAGGUUUUUUGCCUGAGUAACUUGUGCAUACAUUUUUGCGUUUUUGUCUAAAUCAGUAACAUUACCAAUGGAUUAAAAAUUAUACUGUUAAGCUUUAUAACUAUUUUCAGCGUCAAGUAACGCUAUCGGUUGGCGAGAAUCUUGCUGCCGGGGCAGAAGUAGGGACCAUAGCAGCCUUUGAUGCAGACCAGGACGGUCCAAUAUUCUAUUACAUCCAAGGUAAACGUAAACCAUGGCUAGCCAGGCUUUACGUCAAUCUUGCCUUUCAUUUUCAAAAGCCUUGUAAGCCAAGAUCAAUCUUGGUUAACCAGCCUUUCAAUCUUGCUUUUCAUUUUCAAAAGCGUGGUAAGUCAGCUUAAACUUAAUAAGGGUUAACCAGGCUUUCAAUUCUACUUUUCAUUCUAAGAAGCUUGGUAAGCCAGGCUUAAACAGGGUUAAACAGGCUUACGAGUCAUUUAGCACUUUUGGUCCAGUGGGAACCACUCAUCAAUGAACACGAUUAAUGAACCAACGUAUUACAUGUAAGAUUGUUACGGACACGGCUAAGUGUCGAUGUAUUUAGCACUUAAUUACUAAUAGAGGACAGUUUUUUAUGUCUCCUACUUGGAGACCGGACCAUCUGUUUUAUCUGUUAAUCUAAGACACAGCUAUUUAUUGUUGUCAGGAGGAAAUACCGAGAAUGUAUUCGUCCUAAACGAGACUUCAGGAGUACUGAGAACGACAGGCCCUAUUGUAAGUACUUUGGAGGAUAAAUUGUUUGGAUGUAGUUAAGGAAGCAAAUUAAGUUUUCUCAGUGUAAUUUAUAAUAAGUGCUUACAUUUUAAGUGAAGCAGAGGACUCGUGGAAUCCUAGAUAACUCUAUCAGACUUUAUUCAUACUAACCUUACGUUUUUUCCGGAUAUCAGUCUAAGAUAGCAAACUAAUAAUUGCUGGUUUUCAACUAUCCUAUUUUAACAGGAUCGAGAGGUCAAGUCACAGUUCUUUCUGUAUAUAAAGUCCUCAAAUGUAAAGGUUUGUAAACACUUUCUUAAUAAGAUCCAGUGUCGGCUUUGAGAUUCAGUUAUUUUGCUUCUCUACCUCUACCAAUAUCUAUAAUUGCUCUUUGCAUCAGUUGUGAGAACUACGCCUUAUCGUUUUUGGUUGUUGUUGUUGUUUUUUUUGUUGAUAUAUUUUUACUUACAGCUUGAUCCAAAUACUCUUCAGCCAAGAAACAGGAGAGCUAUCCCAGAUGCAAGUUCAAAUCAAACAAACGCUACAAUACCAAGUAUGUUUUGAUUUUUCCUUGUAUUUCUUACUUUAAAGUUUGCCGUCUGGAUCUUAUGCACGCAUCGGUUUCAGAGAAGAUUUUUAAUCGCCUUUUAGUGUCAAAAAAGAAAACAACUACACUGAACUGACCCUAUGGUGUUCACCAGUGGCAAAGAAAACUCAUGCAUCUUGGUACACUAUAGUGCCAACGAAAUGUUUUGAUCCUUUUUAAUCGCAUUCGGUGCCUUUAAUUAUUUUUCGAAGAAAAAAAAGAAAGGAGCAUGCUUGGUGCCUAGUUAUGCUUAGCAUAUCUGCUCCAUUAUGUGCGACGAAGUCUAAUUACUUCGUCCAAAAUGUUUUUAAAUUACGCUGAUCAACGAAUGUUUUAUUGUGCUAUUAUCGUCUCAGUAUCGAGUGUUUUUGUGGCCUUAUACCAUUUACAUUUAGAAAUUACCAGAUAUAAGGUACGUAACUGAGGUAUACCUGUUCUUAAAACAGAUGACGUUGGAGUACAGUUGGUUGUCAUACAGAUUGCUGAUAAAAACGAUAAUGGGCCACAUUUUUCAAAGAUACUUUACACUGGAGGUAAAAGCUUUUUUUUGUUUAAAUCCUUGCACUCAGUAAAAAUGUGUGCUUUGCUUUAUACCUUUUUUUAACACGCUCACUGUUAUUCAUGUAUUACCUUUUAGGAGUUUCCGAGGACGCACAACACGGAAGUAACAUUCUUCAAGUUUUUGUAAGGAGCACCGCCACGAUAUUUUUUUUAAAUAAGCAGUUGAAGGGGCUGUCAGGGCUGGCUUGUUCAUUUUGUUUAUAUUGUUAACUAUAUAUCAGAUAACAGGUCUUAUUCGCUAUGAAACUAACUAAGCAAUGUGAAUGACAAAAUCUCAACCUCAAGGUCGAGACAAAGAUGUUUCCUUCAACCCUUGUAAACAACAAAAAUGAACAUAGAAAAACCGUCAGGGGAACAAUUUUUUAAAAAAAUACAAGUGAAAUCUGUUUUAAUCUUCUUAAAAUUUUGUCUAUUUGUUUUUCAUUCGUUAUAUUUGUCGAGUUACAUCCAUACCUUCUUUCAACGUUCUAAGCAGUUGUUUUAUAUGUUUCACCCGUAUGGCCACUGCUGAAUGUUGAUAAUUUCGUGACAAAGCUCUUUUAAACUUGCUUUCACUUAGGAUUUGACAAAUUCAAGCUAUUCUUUUAUGGUGCUACAGGAUUUGCCUCGGUUCAAUUUAAAGAAAAAAUAUAUCCGAUUCACUUGUCGAUCACUGUUUCAAGUCAGGUGCACCCAUAUGUCCGGUGUAGCAGACUCAAAGUGCACUGUCUUAAAGGGAAUUAGUUAUUACUUAGGUUAGGGAAACUAGUGUAAUAGACGUUUUCUUUAAUAAUUAGGCGACGGAUUCUGACGAGGGAAACAACAGCCGUAUUGCUUAUGAGCUACUGAACACAAAGGACAGCACAGCAUUCAGUAUGGACCGUCAGACUGGUUGGAUCAAAGCCAAAGUAUCCUACGCGGGGCAGUUUGGGAAGGAAUUUUCCGUUGAUGUCAUCGCCAAGGAUCGCUUUGGUGAAGAACCGUAUCUAAAUGAUACCGCAGAAGUUAAGGUAGGUUAAAUAUUUCCACGAUUUUUUUUAUACAGUUUCAAGCCAGUUGAACUUACGGUGUACAAAAUAAUUUACUGUACAUUACUGACGUUCCGCUUGUUUGUAGAUAUAUGUGUUAAAUGACGUCCAGAGAGCUGUCAUUAUCUCAGGGAGAUCACCAGAUUUCGUUCGUGAAAAUCAAGAUGAGCUGAAAAGGUAACUUUGAUUAGACAUUGUUAUCCUUAUCUUAUCUCUAUUGCGCACAAGGCCCCCAGACUUCUCCAGCUAUUUUGAAUACUGUGUCUGGUCUCAAUAAGCGUAUACGGCAGAUUCAAGUUGAGAAUUUUUCAAAAUAGAAAAUAAGCAGAUGAAAACGGCUCAAAACAAUUCUUUAUAAAAAAUUUCGGGAAAGUACUAAUUUAUGUGUUGAAAUAACGAACAGUGAACGACAAGAAAAGGGGAAACUAGGUCACGUAGUACAAAAUUAAAUUCGCGUUUGACGUAAACGUGAUGCUUAACCUCUCUAAUGAUAUCUUUUAUCGGAGAUAGGACGUUAUCCCAUCACCAAACCCUCAAACUGGAGGGCUAGGUCAUUGUCAUUUGUCGCCUGGGGGUGGAGGGACGGAGGAUUUUGGGCUAAACAAGGUGAACUGAAGUGAUCCCCCCUAAUAACUUUUGAUGACUUUCGCGAUGUCUUCAUUUUCCAAGCAAAUUUGAGUGGUCCCCCUUCUGAAUCCUUCCAAAGUUUUCAGCGAUCACCCCUUUUGAGUUCUCAGUUACGACUUAUCCCCACUUUUGUUCUCCCAAAAAGCAAGUGAUUCCCCUAAAAUCCUCCCCGCCCCCCUCAACGGGGAUAAAAAGGGGAUAAAAAAAUGACCUGUCCCUAUAGACGCUUCACACCACUGAUCUGAAUCAUGGUUUGUUACUUUUCAGGGUUCUGGAGAAUAUCACUGGUUAUAUUAUCAAUAUAGAUGACAUAAACUAUUACAAAGAUGAAAAUGGAAAAUAUGACUAUGACAGGUAAAAUUUCUUCUCUGGUUUAUAUUUCUCUGUUAAAUUUUUGCACCAUUCCAUUGUUUUUAACGGGUUAUCAUUAUCAGUAAAUGGAAGAGCAGGUCACUGAGGUGGAACAGGAUGUCAUUCUUCAAAAUAAUGAAUUAUCGCUCCACUUCAGCAUACACCAUAAAGGCCUGCUGGCUCUAAAAAAUGAAAAUUAAAAGGUGAAUUAAAUCGGAUAAAACUUUGUGACCCUUGGUUAUCUCCAAAAUAAUAACCUCGACUUUACGCUCAGACAUUACUUUUUAAGGGGCCUUCGGAGAGCGGGCAUAAUCCUAUAUACACGACAAGGCGGGCAAAGGGGUAGGCAGGCCUCAGUAGAAUGCUUUAAUAUACUACAGAAAAAAAAAAAUUUGCUGAUUCUUUGCAUAUUUACCGUCUUUUUCCAUAGAACGGCAGUGUUGUUUCAUGCAGUUGAUCCGAAAACAAACAAAGUGGUUGACAAGGAUAUUGUCAUCGAGUAAGUUUGGGUUUUGCAGCCAUUUAUAUUGUGAUUUGAUCUACUCGCAGGGUUUUUUUCGUGUUCUUUCAAGGAGGGUUGCAAAAGGCAGGGGUUGGAGUGAGGCAAUAGCAAGUUCAUUAUUUAUAAUUUCGAAAAAUGGAAGUCAGUUAAUUACCCGCAUUUUUAUACUGCCAAUCGUCAAAAUCAACUAAUGACAAUGUUGCGUCAUUGUGAUCUAACUUCACAGCCAUACAUUUUGUUAUUUGACCCGCCAAUAAGUGAUUCAAUAAUAAUAAUAAUAGUAAUAAUAAUAAUAAUAAUAAUAAUUAAUUUAAAAAUUUAUAACGCGCAAAUUCAACAGAAAAUUUCAGUACCUGGUCAUAAACAAGCCAAGUCAUUCGCCAUAAAACUGCAAUGCAAGGAGAACUUCAUUGAAUAGGAUUUUUAUCACGUCGAGAUACUGUACCAUACCCGGCUUGGAACAUGUUCUGCCUUUUUCCUUAUCAAAGUACUGAGGAAAUGACUAAAAAUAUGCUUCUUUCUUGUAGAAAAAUCGAUAACAACUAUGACAAGCGUCUUCCGUUUUUCCAGGAAUGGAAAAUUAAAGAAGUGAAGGUAAAGUCGAUUUAGUGGUUAUCACCAUAAGAUGAACGUAAAGCUUUUAACCCAACACAUGCUUAAAAAAAACUUCUUAUGAGAUGAAUGAUAAGGGAAUGAUAUUGAAGGCGACGACGAUGACACUGUCGACACUGAAUGACGAGGGUGAUGACGAUGCCGUUAAUAAGGACCUUAAGCGAGGACGACGAAGACGGCAGUGAAAACGUCGGUAAAAAAUUAAUUUGCGUUCUUUCAAACUUUAAAUCGCGUCUAUUUGGACCCGCUCAAUAUAUCAAAAGCAGGCGAUUUUUCCCGGAUUUGAAUUCUUAAGGAUUUUAUUCAGGUUCAAAAAGAGGAAGGAAAAUUCGUCGUCGUAUGUUCACGUCCACCGAAAAACGGCAAAUUAGGAGGUUUCACGUCCCUAAUGACGACGACGACUAUGAAGACGACAAUGGUGAUGGUGAAUGAUGAUGAUGAUGAUAAUGAUGAUGAUAAUGGUGAUGGUGAUAAAACCAUGUUGAAACAGAACGACUGAAUCAGUAAAAACUACUUCCAAUACAGUUCUUUUUUAUUAAAUAAAUCAUAACAUGUUCAGAGAUACGAAACAGGAAAAUGACCUUAAAAUACAACGAAACUUUAGGUUAACUUAAUAAAAGCAACACACUUCAGUUGUCAUUAAUCUUUAAAAUUCGUUUUGUAAGUUUUUGUCUUUUCUUUAUCACAAGGCUCACGUUCCGGAGGAAAAAGAAGAUGCGUUUCCAGUGGUGUUAGCUGUGGUGAUCGGCCUGGGAAUCCUUCUCUUCUUGAUUAUUUUGAUAUUCUGUUGUGUGAUAUUUAAGCUGAGGAAAAAGUACGUCCUUAACCAAUGUUCCUUUAUUUUUGGCGUUAACUUUCAGUUGUUCUUGCUGUUAAUGAUAACAAAUAUUUAUAAAACCAGCCUUACCUUAAUGCCUUCACCCCAUCUUGGCAGAGGCAAUUUUAAUGAAAUAGAAUAGCAAACUCGCCACGUCUUUAGCUUCUAUUCAUUUUUUGUUAUUUAAUUCAGAUAAAUGUUGUAUAUGCAUUUUUAUUUUUCAAACUUGUUUAGGCAAAAAAGAAAACUCAGGGCAGCAACUGCAGCCAGUUAUGGAGGUAAAUACACACUAAACGAUGAAUUAUUUACCAUUUUAACCAUGUUUAUGAUUACCUUCAGUGCUUACCCUUUGAGCAACUUAUAAUCGGUUUAGAGGGUUUCUUGUCCUGUCUUUUUAAGAGACCUAAUUUUAAAGCUACAUUUACUGACUAAAUCUAUAACAAUAACAAAAGUGACACAAGCUGCGCCAAAGCGGCAGACAUAGAAAAACUACGUUUUUAUUGCCUGCAUGCACCUGUCGGUUUAAUUACUUUUGCGAGUAUAGUUACAGGUGGUAUAGCAAAACGAUAAGUUUUCUUUACAUUAAAAUGUGCUUAUGUUUUUUUUUGUGUUUUAGCCUGGGUUUGGGUUUCUUGUGCAUUCGAAAUUCUAUAAUGGCGGAGUUAUAUUUCAUAGACCGGCUGCACAGAAGUAACAUAAAAUUAUCACGGUGGGCGUAUAGGACCCAAAAGAAUUGAGGUAGGAAAUACUUUUGCAUUUUUUAUUCAUUUGAGCUCAAACUUUGUAGGAUGGUAGAACUUUGUAUUCCAAAAAACCCGAUGUUUUUGUGACGUCAUUUUCCCGCCAAAAGAAACGUUACUGCGCUUUUCACAAACAUGCGAAUUCUGAAGUUCAAAAGCCAACUGACGAUUGCGUUUUUCGCUGCCGUCAAUCAUCUUAACGGACCUCUUAGGAAACAAAACUUUACUUUAACGGGUUCAAAAGGUCAAGGUUUGUGAUUUGUGAUUGGUGGAUUUCGAUCCGUUUUGUGUGUUUCUGUGUUUCAAGGUUCGUUGCUUGUGGUCGUAAUUAUGAUUAACGGCAGCGAAAAACGCAAUUGUGAAGGCGGCUUUUGAACUUUAGAGUUCGCAUGUUUGUGAAAAGCGCUGUAAAAUCAAAAACAAAAAACAUAGGAUUUUUUGGAAUACAAAGUUCUACCAUCCUGCGAAGUUUGAGCUCAAACGAAUAAAACAUGUGAAAGUAAUUCCUACCUCGUAAUUUUUUGGGUCCUACACGCCCAUCGUGUUAUGUGCGCGGUUUUCGAAUUCCAAAUGUACUAUUAAUUGGAAUAUAUAAUUAUUUGCGAGCAAACUACUUGAUUUCCUUUUUCUUUCAGGUUCCCGCUCAGUGAAUGGAAAUGGAACCGUUACAUCCAUAUCGGCAAGAAACCUGCAUAUUUCCGAAGGGUUUGUUAAAUUCUUUCACUCUUAAGCGAAAAAAACUUACUGCUCUCAAUUUUCCAUAUGUGCUCACUUUUUCAAUCGCUUUUAAUUUCUUAAAAAUUUACGCGUGUCGAGCCGACCGAGUACUGAGUACUGUGUAAGCCACAUUCGCACUGUUCAGGAUCAAACUUUUAAACACAAGUUCAAGCUUAUAAGAUUCUUUUAUACACAAAGGCAUCCAGCCAGUCAAGUCAGUCAAGCAAGUAUUUGAGCUUAAGUAAAGGCGUUUUUGAGCAACGCACGACAACCGGAAAUGAACCCUUUUCCCUUAUUUUGGUGCCUUCAGUCUUAUAAAAACGAUUUGCCGCAAAUGUGGGCAAGACGACUGCUCAAAAAUAAAAACAAACACUUCCAAUUGACGUGCGUCGCUCAAAAACGUCUUUAAGCUCACUAAUCCAUGUAAGGUACAGGUCUGACAAUGUCUUACACUUCGCAGAGGGAGAUCUGGGCAAGAACAAAAUGAUUUUAGAAGGAGAAAUUAAGGAUGCAAAAAUGUAGCCUGAAUUUCAUCCGAUUACUUCGAGUCGUUAUUAGGGAGCUUUAGCAACGACGACGGCGACGGUAACGAGGACGUCAAAAAAGCAAUAGGUUUAGAUAGGCAAAACAACAACUUUGCACGUGCAUCACGCUUUUUUGUACAUUUCUUUACCGUCCUUGCACGACUACGACGUGAAAAUGCCUAAUUGCAAGUUUUAUGGAGGCGUAAACAAGCGACGACGAAUCUCUUUUUCUCUCUCUAAACUUGAGUGCGGUCCUCAAGAAAUCAACUCCAGGGAAAUUCGCCUACACUUGCCAUUUUCAGCAAAUUGGAAUGAACGCGACAAAGAUUGAAAAAACGGAAAUUUAUUUUAAAACUGACGUUUUCGCUGCCGUUGCGGUCGUCGAUGUUAAAGCUCCCUAUUAAUCCCUCAAUAACGUCGUUGCUGAGAGGAGAAAACGACUCCAAGCAGUCGGAUGAAAUUCAGGCUAGCAAAAAUGACCAGUUUUUCAUUUGAUUUUCAAACACUCGUUAAACAUUUAUUUAUUUUGUAUUUUUGAAAUAUAAUUAUUAAUUAUUAAUGAGUUUAAGAAGUGAAACUACCGCGUUUUUGCAUUCCAGCAUGUUCCGAGCAGUUUGUCCUAUCAUUCUCAUCUGGGCUGUAACUUAAAUAUAAUUUACCAUUCCACUGCAGAUCAAAUCCUAUCUGGGUUGACCCGUACAAUAACUGGGGCAUGAGAACAGACGACGAAGAUGGAUCCUAGUAAGAAUAUUGUAAAUUUGCAUUUGGUAGACCUUUCUAUACUCUAGGACAAACCUAUUUGGCGGAUGAUUUCCUAUAUAAAUCUUGGAACAAUCUUACACUACUUCCGAGCAGUGUUUUCCUUAAAUAGAUAUAAUUAGUUAUCUGUAAUAACACCAAAGAAAGUUUCACAUGCGAGCCCGAGAAAAUAAAUGUCAAAUUUCGGAAGAAUUGUGAAAACAGAGGUAAAAUUCUGAAAAUUUCAUGCAAAAGAUGUCAUUUUGUGAAAUUUGACAUUUAUUUUCUCAGGUUCCCGUGCAAAAUUUUUUUUGGCGUUAUUACAGAUAACUAAUUACAUCUAUAGCUCUUGAAAAAUGUAAAAAAAAAACAUUAAUGCAAUAUUGUUUAAGUUAUUCUAGAACAAGUACAAGGUUUUUGUCCACUUAAAAUUAAAAUUACUCAAUUUCGUGAUGGAUUCCGGCUUAAACCUUUUGACGUAUUCGUGCAGAGUACACUGUUAUUACAAUAUGUGAUGAAUGAUGAAUUGAUGAGUUAAUGGAGAUACGAACUGAGUGACUCUACCUUUAGUUAUCUUGUAACUAUAGACACCGAGAAGUGGAUUGGAGAAAAAAAAGAGAGGCGGAGCCUUUUUUAAAGAGAUUUAUUUUCUUUUUCUUUUUUCCUUUCGAAGCUUUGACAUUAUUGGUGUGAAAAACACUGUAGCUAGCGUUAAAGCAGUUUCUGAAACCAUUAGUAUAGAGACAUUCAAAGCUAAUGUCGAAGAUUUAAUUCAUCAGAAUCAAUAUCAUUGUCUCCUUCCUGUAUUCUCUUGUAUUAUCUUAUGAAUUUUAAGAAAGUUCAAUAAAAUUCAAACUCAAAUUGCUGCAUUUUAAUCUGAAUUUAGUGAGAUGAAUGUGGGACGAACAUAUGACAAUCCCUCGCCAUUCUAUGGAAGUUCAUUUCACAUACCCGAGGACGCUGAUGGAGAGCUCUAUGAGGUACAGGUAUGAGUAAGGAGCAGUCCUCCGGCCGGCUCCACCUCUUCUCUCUACUGCUGGUAUGACUGUCUUUCUUCUUUCUAUCCUGUCUUCUCAUAAUAGCCGACGUCAUGCAUGUUUACGUCAGACGAGCAAUUUCAUCACCAAGUCUUGCUUCGAAAAUCUUAUUUGGCAAAGUUUUACUAAAUUGAAUCCCCAAGACUGUUGUUUCAAAAAUAAUACCAUGAGUAAUCAGUUCAAAUGCAAAUAUUUCUGUUCAUGAACGAGCGAGGCUUGGUUAUGAAAUUUGCUCGUCUGGCGUAAACACGCAUAAGGGCCAUUCCAGAGUGUUUUGCACUACCUUGUCCACUCUAUAUAAUCUUUGACACCUUUCAACAUGCAUGUUGUUUAAAAUUAUUAUCAUCAUCAUCAUCAUUAUUAUUAUUUCAUUAUUUAAGACAAAUUUCUUACGUACAACUUUGACGAGUCCCAUGUAAUGUAGAGCCAACGACGGAAACUCCAGUAAAGACUGAGCCAAGUAUUUGAAAGCUUCGUUUUUACUCUUGAACUUGCGUACCCUUGAUCCAGAGGUCUGUUCCCUGAAUAUCUAGUCCCGUUCGCCCGAUUUGACUUCUCCACGAGCUAUCAGCAAUUAGGUAAGAGAAAAAACCUCUUCCACUACCCGGGUAGAACUUGAACGACUCCGCCUAAAAAUUAACUUAGAUUUUGAUUGGUUCUGCGUUACAUGAAAUCGAUCAAGUCUAAUAAAACGUGUCAAAGACUUUGUGGCAGGGUAAUGUGAUCUUCACUAUCGAAGGGCUGUUUCACAAGAUGGUGAAGACAAAGUGUCUUAAGAAAGUGUAUCCUAUAGAUUUUAAGGAAGUUAGUACACGGUUUUUAGUCGCAAACUGUGCAUCAUGAUGAAGAAGUCCCUUAAUUUUUCACUCAACACUUAAUUCUUGCUUACUAACUUGCUUCUUGACUAAUCUUUGUUCAGCGAUUUUAUCCUCUUUCCUAAUUUCUAAUAUCUCAUUAAACGUUACCUUACAUGACCUCACAGCAUACGGUAAUCAUAUUGUCCGAAAAGGUUCAUUUGGGCUCCGUUGAAUUUUGCUAGAUAUGCUUCAGGCUCUGAAGAAAAAUCUUUUUCGUAGGAAAAGCCUAAAAACAAAUUAAAGGUAAAUUAGGCAAAUAUAAUAACGAUUAUGAUUUUGGCGUUUUGUCUGCUGUUGCAGGAAUUCUCAACGGACAUGCGCGAAGAUGAAACAAACAGCAUAGAGGAAAAUCCAGGGAAGAGUUGUACAGGAAGCAGGAAAAGUUCCUCCUCACCCCCCUCCCCCGAAGUAUAUGAGUCGUCACCAAGAACGGAACGACUCUACAACACCGAAAACCAAGACAAAUACACUGUCACCUCCAUAUAACCAAAUCUGAUGAUGUCAUGCGUGUGUCAAGGCCUCGAGAGAAAAAAAAAGAAUGAUGACUCACAAUAGAUCCUUCCAAGGUUUUUUCAACUUUUGACUGGCACCAGUUAGCAAAAACCCGCCAACACAGCUUGAUGGAGAUUCCCUUAUAAUUAAGACCAAUAAAGAUACCAAGUUUGAAAGUGAGUUGUUGAAAACUUACACAGAUAAAGCUCCUUAAGGUCAUGCAAUCUACUGUUUUCUGUGGUGGGGGCAAGUUCCUUCCCCCCACCACACAAAUAAGUGUAAGAUUUCGCGACUUUGUGGAGAAAAUAUUAAUUUCGCUUUCUUUGGACGUAUCACCUUUAAACUUAUUUUAAUAAGUUACCUAAUUUGGAGGCCCACCACUUUGUAGUGUGGAAGGGUCUAUUAUGAGAACAAAUGUACUAUUUGUAAUUACAACUGCGAUUUGUUGACCUUUUCCUGUAACAAAUAAAAAUGGCAGCACGUUUUGGGAAUUUGCUCAACUUCUUUUCUUAAAAUGAGCGAUUACAUACAGGCAAACGCAAUUGUUUUCAUAGUUAGUUUUUUAUAUUUUUAAUAAAAAGAAUUCUGUUUAAAUGUUUAAAAUAUUUACAAAAAGGUAAUUCAAUGCAUGGUGAUGAAAUCUAGUGCAUUCUUUUUUUUAUAUAUAUGACUAUCUAGCACUUUGAGUGAAAUAUUUCUGUAGAGGUCUGUAAACUGGAAGUUAAAGCCGUGCUGGCAUGGCACAAUGUUACAAAUAUUCUUCCUCAUUCCAAAAAAAAUUUAAUCUAACUGAUAACUGUAAUGAAACAAAAGGAUCCUAGACUAGACAUUUGUAUGACUUAUAUCUAGUAACGUAAUAGCUCCUUUUACAGCGAUUUUUAACAUUUGAGGCAUGGAAGGUACAUGCCAUUUAUGGCCCAUGUUAAGGGA